UCCAUAUCUCCUCAGUUAUUCAGGAGGGGAGAAUAAUUAUAUAAAAGUUACCUGGUUGUGACACAAGCAAGAGAGAACACUUUAAAUGGGAGCGCUUGAGAUGCAUUCACAGUCUGAUAAAAUGUUCCUUUUGAUGUUAUAUUAUCCAGCCAAGGAUUUCCUGGCAGCCAGGAGGGCAGGCUCAGUUCUCUUGCAGGGGGUCAGGAGGGGUUCCCCCACUGCUGCCCAACCCCCCUGUCUGGCUGAAGGUGCCUCUUCACCUGCAGCUCCUGKGCCCAGCCUCCCCUGGAAGCAGGUUCCCAGAGCGGAUGCUGCCAAGUCUGCUGUCAGUUCCUACAUUUAAUCUUCCCUGCUACAYUGCUUUCCUGAGAGUGCUCUGUGUUCCACCUUCAUUUUAUGCUUAUGAAAGAUGGGAUAAGUGCAAAUUUAUGCUAAGAUUAGCCUCCUUUUUAGUUUAGCAUGAGAUCAUAGCCAUGUGCUUGAGAGAGAUGGUUCAAGAGGUUGCUAGUCCCCCUCCCGCAGUGAGGCACAGCACCGGAUCAGGCACGAGCUGUUGAAGGGUUUGCUACACAACAACAAAGCACAGGGGCUGAAAAAUAGCCCCGAGCAUCUCCAGAGAUUAAUGGGGAAUGUUUUYUAACCUGCACUUCCAACCUCUCUUCUCUUGCAGGAUGGAUAGAUAAAUAGGUUAUUUUUUUAACACUCUCCUUUGCRGCUAAGGGUGCCAGCUAGGUCUUGCCCUAUCAAAUAGGACACGGAGGACACUUAAUUUCUUCUAACAAAGUACUGGAUGGUUGUCUUCUCCUCCUGUUGCCUAGAGAAAAAACUGAUUAUGUACAAAUUUGUUCUCUAUGGGCUAUUUGUGGGCUCAGUGUCCUUAGCUGGUGUUACGGCCAUCCAUUCCCUGAGCUGUGCUGUUGUGAGAGCACUGCAUCACAUCCUAUAAGAAAUAACACAGAUUUAUGUUUUUAAGCGGUGCUGGAGACAAGAAAGAGGAGAAGGUGUUGCUUGGGUGACUUGUUGCACUGUCACCAGCAGUUGAGUGUGGACCCAGAAAGAAAAUGGGAUCCAGCUGGGCCAGGAUCUUCUGAGCUUACCCAACUUGUGAGCUGAUCCUUUGCUUGCCACAGACCCAUUAAAUGGUUUUUAUUUCCCUUCCCAUCUGCCCCUGGAGCACCAGCAAUAAUACAAAGUGCUCCCAAGGGGAUUGAUGGCAGCUUGCCUCCAUCACACCACCGCCUUCCCCAGGCUCAGGUUAGCCAUCCUCGCUGUCUGCUUCCCUCCCUCUUGCCUCCGACUGCAACGGGGAAAAGCUCCUUGCAUUGAAGGGGCUCACUUGGCUUUAAUAAAGAAGUGGAUCAUAAUUAUAACCCUCUACCCCCCUCAGGAGAGAAGCUGUUUCCAAAUUAAGUUUAUUAUCAUGAGUGAAUGUGAGCAAACACCUCUCCCAGGGGAGCUUUUAAAAAGGCAAUUCUUUAUGAUGCUCGAUGCACUUUUUCUGCCCCUCUAGCUGACAUUUCAACCCAGCUAACCCAUUUUGUAYCUUUUUUUUCCCCAURAAGAAGCCGAGGGAGGGGGGAGGCCAUGUGUUUUUCUAAGCCUGGCCUACACUGGAAGCCACUUGCAAGUUCAAAGUGCUGCUUUGCCCUGUUUCUCAUGUGCAAACGUGCUGUGAAGCAGUUAAUGUCUGUAAAACCUUUGUGGGCGGCAGCUCCCGUGGAGAUGAAURGGGAUGUUUGGGCAUCUCAACUAGUUUCCUGUAGUUCAUCAGCGGCACUGGGUUCUCCUUUUUUCUGGAGGCUCUCCCAUCAAUCAUCGCAGCUGGAGAUGUGAUUUUUUUUUAAAGUCAGAUCUCCGCUGCUUUGGGGAGAAAAAAGGUUCAUGUGAAAGAGGCAUUUUCKCUAUGGUUUUGGCAUGGUUAAAGGCAAGAGCUGGCUGUCCUUACAUCCCCCUCCAAAGGUGUAGCUCCUGCAGCACUCCCAGUAGCGAGUGCUGAAAGCUGUUAAGGUUUCAGGUGGGACACAAAAAACAGCUGCCAAGAGCGAGAUCCCCUUUCUUUCCCAUGAAAACCCCAGGGUCCCUCCUCCCUGCGGGGUGUGCUCCCGGCUCCUUUACAGUGCCUCCUGCUGCCAUCGGGAUCCAAACUAYAACCCACAGCUCCAUUUCGGAGAGCACCUUCACCUCGAGCUGAACUUGGUGUUUUUCGUGCCUGUGCACAGCCUGGGAGGGGACGGAAGGUCGCUCUGGCAGCGGGCGAGGGCUCCUGCCCCUCCAGGAGGGAUGCUGCCCGCGGGAAGAGCGGUGCUACCCCGCUGCAGGGCGGGACGCUCCCCCGCCAGAAGAAAGGGAUGCUGAGCGGCGAGCUGGGAGAGAUGCUUUCCCUUCGGAGGAAGCAGGCGGCGAGCAGAUAAGAGAUGAAAGCCUGGGUCAUGCUUUGCAGCAAAUUUCAUGUAACACGCAAGGGGAGCUGAAGCAGAAACCAAAGCCAAGGCAAAGCAGCGUCUGACCUUGUCACUGGGGGGCAGAAAACAGCCGCUGGUUCCACUGGUGCUGCAAUCAAGCUCCCUGGGCAAUAUGGAACUGCAGAGAGCUCACAAAGUGCAAGGUCCGUGGGGUGAAUAAAAAUUGUUAACUCUUGGCUUGAUUUGUCAUCCUUUGGGGGAAAAAAAAAAAAAAAAAGGUAUAUCAGACUGGCCAUUAUUGAGUGGUUGCUGUUAGACCAAACACGACUGGAAGCGGGUUUUUCUGGAGAUGAGAGUGGCUGAGGCCAGCAAAGCCAAGGAGAAGCCUGUUCAGCUCCACGUCUGCCCGGGAUUCCUCGGAGAGGUGAUAAAGUGAGUAAUAAGGCGAAGUGGGAGUCAUCAAGCGGAUGCGACAGCUCCAGCAGAACUUCUUCUCACCGCCACACACGCUCGUUACAAAGCAGCUAACUUUAUUUGGAAAUCUAUUUGAGGAAAAAAAUGCACUUUGAGCAUCUCUGCAGUUCUUGUGUCUGAGGCAUUGAUCAGGAAAAUCGGCAGCACAGCGCCAACGAAGGAGAAGAGGAUAUGGUGAAGGCAGCUAAGGAAAUUCAAAUGGAGAGCCCAAGAGAGGCAGAGACUCCCAGCACAGGAGCCACGUGUUCCCCACCAGAGGAACAAGCAGAAAAACCCUCCAUGCUCUGUUUUAAGAAGCGGAAGAAGUCCUGUAAGAAGGGGUUGACUGUGAAGGAUGCGUGUGAAGGAGCCUCAGAGGAGAAAAGCCAAUGUGUCAGCACUGACCAAGAGGAGSCAAAAGGUUCUGAUCCAUCACAAUCCUCCAAAGGAGCCUGGGCAGCCAUCAAAAACCUUACCAGGCCUCGGAGAAGGCAGAAAUCCUCCUCACGAAAGAAGGUGCCCUCCGAGUCCCAAGUACAGCUGGAGGUGGAUGCUGAGGAGAGCUGUGCACAAGACAUCCCAAAGAAACGGGCCAGCUCUGGGGUGAAGAUGCCCUGCGUGAGGUUCUCCAGAGGCAAGAAAAAACCCAGCCCCUCGGAAGCUGUGGAGGAGGCAGAGGGCAGUGCUCAGGCAAAUGAAGUGAUGGAUGUUUUGAAUAAGGCCAGCGAAGAGCCAGGGGAUUUGGCCCCCCAGGACAAACCUGAAUCCUUCAGCCCAGUGUCUGCAGAGGAGGAGCAGGAUACAGUGAAAGGGGACCAGGAUACUGUAAAGGAAGGUGACACCUCUGUUGGGAAGAGUGAGCCCUUGACAGAGCCCACACCUGAUGCAGAGGAACAUUCAGAGUGCACGGUUCAGACAGAGAUAACUGAUUCAGAGACUGUUGGUGAAACAGCCCAGGACAAACUGCAGGAGGGGAGCCUACCCCAAACCACUGACCAUGUGGAUGGCAGGGAAGGUCCUCCUGAAGAGCCUGUUUCCAAUGAUCAGCACGAUGACACCCCUGAAAUCACACUGUGGCAGGAAAUCCCCAAUACCUGCGAAGAGACGCCUGAAAGGGAUGAGUUGGAAGAGAGUGUAAAUCUUCCUGAGGAGAGCAAAGCCGAGGAGACUGAUUUCAGUGAGCUGGAAUCUGGAGGUGAUGCAGCAAGAGUGCAGGAUGCAGUGAGUGUGAAGGAUGCAGUGAGUGUGCAAGAGGCAGCAAAUGUCCAGGACGCAGUGAGUGUGAAGGAUGCAGUGAGUGUGAAAGAGGCAGCAAGUGUGCAGGAUGCAGCGAGUGUGAAGGAUGCAGUGAGUGUGCAAGAGGCAGCAAGUGUAAAGGAUGCAGUGAGUGUGCAGGAUGGAACAAGUGUGCAGGCGUCUGCAAAUGUGCAAGAGGUAAUAAGUGUACAGGAGGCUGUGAGUGUGCAAGAUGCAUCAAGUGUGCAAGAUACAGUGAGUGUGAAAGAUGCAGUGAAUGUGCAGGAUGCCACAAGUGUGCAGGAGGCAGCCAGUGUGACGGAUGCAUCAAGUGUGCAGGAUACGGUGAGUGUGAAAGAUGCAAUGAAUGUGCAGGAUACCAUGAGUGUGCAGGAGGCAGUGAGUGUGAAGGAUGCAGUGAGUGUACAAGAUGCAGCAACUGUGCAGGAGGCAGCAAGUGUGCAGGAUGCCAAAAGUGUGCAGGAGGCAGUGAGUGUAAAAGAAGCAGYGAGUGUGCAAGAUGCAUCAAGUGUGGAGGAUACAUCAAGUGUGCAGGAGGCAGUGAGUGUACAGGAGACAGCAAGGUUCCAAGAGGAGAGUGUCCAGGAUGCAGUGAGUGUGAAGGAUGCAGCGAGUGUGCAGGAGGCAGUGAGUGUAAAAGAGGCAGCGAGUGUGCAGGAUGGAGCAAGCAUGGAGGAUACAGUGAGUGUGCAGGAUGCAGCAAAUGUGCAGGAUACCACAAGUGUGCAAGAGGCAGCAAGUGUGCAGGAUGCAGUGAGUGUGAAAGAGGCCGUGAGUGUGAAAGAUGCAGUGAGUGUGAAAGAGGCAGUGAGUGCACAGGAGGCUACGAGUGUGCAGGAUGCAUCAAGUGUGAAGGAUGCAGCGAAUGUGCAGGAGGCUGUUAGUGUGCAGGAUACAGUGAGUGUACAGGAUGCCACAAGUGUGCAAGAUGCAGUGAGUGUGAAAGAGGCAGCGAGUGUGCAGGAUGCCAYGAGUGUACAGGAGGCUGUGAGUGUGCAGGAUACAGUGAGUGUGCAAGAUGCAGCGAGUGUGAAAGAGGCAGCGAGUAUGCAGGAUACAGCGGGUGUGCAGGAUKCCACGAGUGUGCAGGAUACAGUGAGUGUGCAGGAUACAGUGAGAGUGCAGGAAGCCACAAGUGUGCAGGAGGCAGUGAGUGUGCAGGAUGCCACGAGUGUGCAGGAUGCCACGAGUGUGCAGGAAUGCUCCAGCCAUCAGGUGUUAGAAGCAAACACGGCUGCCGGCGUUAGCAUUGUCAUCACCAUCACCGAAGCUGAGGACUCCGACAACACCGACUCUGACCAGGCCUACGAGCCAUCCCCAGUUUUGCACCAAAAAAAGCAAAAAGGGAAUAAAAAAUCGAACAGGAGUGCUGACGUUGGUACAAAAGAGGGCCCCGAGGCUGGUGGCGGUCCCCAGGCRGAGGAGAAAGGUCUGGGUGACCAGGGGCACAGGACUGGGGAGCAGUACGAGCUGCUCCUCGUAGAAACYGCCUCUUCCCUUGUGAAGGCGGCCAUUCAGUCCUCCAUAGAGCAGCUGGUCAACGAAAUGGCCCUGGAACAGAACAAACACAACAGCUUUCUGUGAUGGCAGCCUUGGCCCUGAGAGGAAGAGCAGAGGGAGUGAUUUAAAGCUCCGUUUGGCCUGCRGGGUGUGCGGAGAACUGGGAGAGCUCCCGGGGCCGCGGUGUAGUCAAUUCUGCAUGCCCGUUCAGUUGUGUGUCCAUGUGAAUCGGAUCCUGGGGYGUGGGCASACCCUGCUGAGCRCAGCCCUGGGGCUUCAGACAGYGCCACUGACCACAGCUGCGGAAAAAUUAAGGUGUUACAGUGACUGUAUUUCCACUUUUUGGCAUAUUUAUGUCAAGACCGCGUUUCUGCCGUCACCCAUGCCCGGUUUGCCGCUGUUGAUGCGGUAGAUCUGUACAUACCAAGMGCUUGGAGAAAGGUCCUGAGAGGCAGCGAGCGCCCGACCUGCUGCGGGUCUGGAUUUGGGGCGCGUUGGAACUGCUGGAGCUUUGCUUGCUGGGGUUUGAUUGCAGAUGAGGGAGAGUGAAGUGUCUGCAAUGCUAACAUGAAAACACCCGUGCCAGGCUGRUGCUCAGCGCUGUCAUCGGGCCCUCGCCCAGCACGGGCGUCAGGAGUCUCUGCUGUCGCAUCAAGCCGGCGGCUCCCAGCGAGCGCUCCCCCUUCACUCGGCUUCUCCCCCCGCCACCAACAGUCUGCGCCUCUCCAGACAUGUUAAAGCUCAGCAUCAGCCUCGCCUUGCUGACCCCGAGCUGCGCGAAUGCCGAGAGAGAGAGACGGCGCUGCGUUUGCUGGGGGUGCCUUUCUCGCACCAUUAAACUCAGCGGGCAGAAUCGCCUGCGGCAUCMCGGGCGUGGGCCGGGCGGGAGCAGCCCUGCUGCAGACAGCUCCUCUCCUCCCUCGCCUUCCUCCGUCCCCGUCCCGGUGUCGUGSUGAAGCUCUCCUCAGAUGUAGCAUAUUUUUUUAUACAUGGCAUGCGAUAUAAAUAGCAGUGAGCUGCAUGCGUGUUAGCAGUCAGCAUACUUGGGGAAGCUGCAAUGUGCUGCCGGCGCUGGGAUCGCUUUGAUUUGGUCUGAGUGCUGGCGGCAGGCUGUCCCGCAGCGCUCCCCGCUAUCCGCACAGCCCUCCUGCCUUCCCCCAGCCCAGGAAUCCCUUGGGAAUCGCGCAUUACGCCCGGCUCGCUGCCACCAGCCUCUGGCACGCCAUGCAGCUCGCUCUGAAACACGCAGGGAAACGCUGGAGCAAUCUCACCAAAGUCCUCAAGGGAAAAAAUCCAGACAUGAGGGCCUGAGGACAUGGCUGGAAAACGCCUGGACAAGCCUAUUGCUGGCAAAUCCCACCUGCCCUGCUCCGAGGGGUUUUGCACCGGCUCUCCAGGAGAAAGGGGCCUUUUAAUAAAAUGGGAUUGCAUCUGCGUGGCUGGGAUUUGUGUCCAUCUGUGGGCAAGGCAGYGUGCUCCUCUGAGAAAAUUCUCCUGCGUGUUCCUCAGCCGCUACAGAAAUAGCAGCCGCGCUUGGCAAUUGCUCACUGACCAUGGGCGGUGCGCUGAGAUUUCCCUUCCCGGCGAGGGAUUUGGAUUCCUGCUAAAAUACAAGGGCUGUACCUGUCCCUCGUACCUGGUGCACAGCCACGUUUUAAACCUKGACAAAACAUCUCCGUUGUCACGAGAGGACUGAGAGCAGCAAGAGACAGCGCUCAUUUCUGUGCAGUAAAACUUGAGAAAAAAAAACCAGAGGAUGGUAAAGAAAAAAAAAGUGUCAUUUCUUUUCCUGUGAAUUUGUUGAUUAAGUUAUCAGCUGCUGAUAAUUCAGUGUGUACAGUUUAAUGGCUUUGUACUUCAUACUGGUCCUUCCAGGUAUUUUGCCAUAGUUUUGAAAGGGAAUUUUAAAGACUUUAGAUGUACCUUUGGAGCUGCCACAGCACCCCAGGAAGAGCCAUCCUGAGGCUGGGGUUGCUUAUGGGAUUUCACUGGGCACUGUGGCAGGCUGGUGCUGAGCAAAGGGCUGCAGCAUUGCUGUGGGACCCCACUGGAGUCAGCCACAGAGGAGGAUGUCCAAGCUUUAGUUAAUAAACACGAAAUUAUCCCACGGAGCCAGGCUGUCAUCUUCUGUCAGCCUGCUAAGCUGUUUUGGGGAGGAUUUCRUGUUAUUUCAGUAUUGCCUUUUAGGCAAAACACGUCUUCAAAAGAGGAGGAGAAUGGCAGAAAUGCUUAGUCCAGCCCUKCCCUGCCUUGCUCCGUGUCAGGGGGUUGGGUUUGCAUCCUCUCUUGUAGCUGUUUUUUCCUCUGUUACAGCUGUACAUAGAACUGAUGAUUAUUUCAUUAAAGCUGAAUGUACCUGUUGUUUUCUUGCCUUGUGAUUGAGUGGGCAGCUAUGGAGAGAUUUUACAUGUGAAAGGAUUAACUCACAGUGGUGCUCCAUUGUGUCCAGCUUUUUCAGGCAGUCAUACAGUGAGCAGAGAGAAAUCUUAAUGUUGGUGGCAGACCCCAAUUCUUUGGAGGUUUGCUYCUCCUCUGCCCUUUCUAUGACAUUUCCUUUCGGUUGCUGGUCAAUCACUUCCACCCUGGCUGCCCAGGGACUGCUGUAAGGAAUUUGGGAUGGAUCACAAAUCUCUGGCAGCUAAAAAAAGCCAUCCUGUUGWCCCAUGGUUAAAUAUCCUAUUAGCUGCCCCAUGGCACCAGAGGAAAAUAUCUGAGGCUUCACAGACUGACGGGGUCAAACCCCACUGCCCGUGGAAUGGCASAGCUCUGAUUCCAUGCAGGUGGUGUGGUUUCUCUGUGAGCUGCUGGCUCGUGCUUCCUGCUCCCAAGGCUUGGGAUUGCUGUUUCCAGGUGCACAGUUUGGUGCUGGACAGGGUUCAGGAUGGGGCUGGCAUUUUGGGAGGGGGAGCAGUAUGUUUGGUGCUUCAGCACUUUCUGUGACAGCUCAAAUGGGCUCCACACCCUAAUUAAUUUUUUUUUCUUUUUUCUAAUAACAUCUUUCAUGUAAUUUCUUGAGACACUUUAAAACAUACAGAAAAUACAGGGGAAARAAGUUAUACAUUAUUAAUAGUAUUAAUACUAUUUAUUCUUUCAGGUUUACAGAACAAAAUAUAGGCUCAUAUCAGCUGCUAAUGACUUAAUUAAGACUCUCUACUCCUUCCUUAUGAUUAGAGAGUAGAACAUUAAUAAAACAUUUAUUCUUUCAGAGAAGGMAUGAUAAAUCUACUAUUGUGAAGGAGUGCCGGGGCCAGGAAACCUGUGAGGAUGUGGCUGUGUGUUUGUGCCAGAGCACCAAAGGGUGGCCUGGCUUUAGAACCAUCUCCCUCACCGACAGCUAAGAGAAUCUGAAAUUAUCAUAAAAUCAUGGGAUUGUUUAGGUUGGAAUAGACCUUUAGGAUCACCCAGCACUGCCAAGGCCACUAAACCAUGUCCCCAGGAGCCACAUCUACACAUCUUUUAAAUCCCUCCMGGGAUGGUGACCCCACCACCGUCCUGGGCAGCCUGUUCCAAAGCUGGACAUUCCUCUCAGGGAAGAAAUUUUUCUUGAUAUCAAAUCAUUUUUAUAGCCCCAUUCAGAUUGCUUCUGAACUGCCUGGCUCCUURCCCAAAAAUUCGUUGCUUGCUGCCCUCUGACUUGUGGAAGUGGUUCUUCUGCUGACCCCACAGGUUGUGCUGCUGCUUUUGUCCCAGAUUUUUCCAGCGCUCUCCUCAGUGGGGACAAUUCAGCUCUAAGUCCAACAACUUCCCUAUCCCUGCUUUGCUGUGUCGUUUUGAGUAUUUUCAUCUCCCACAGCUUUUUUAUAUUAGCAGCAAAGAAAAGGGUGUUUAAAUAGUAUAACUCAUUCCCAGAAAGGCUUUCAGGAGGAUAAAAAGCUUUUCUGUUGUGUCAACACUGAGCCCAGCAGAAAACAAGUGUAUCCAUUGAAAAGUUCCUUGUGGAAAUCGCCAGUAGACAAUGAUGGCACAAGCAAAUAUUGCAUUUUCUUUCCUGCCCUGGGACACCAAAAAUGGAUUAGAAAUGCACAGGGCUGGAUCUCCAGCUGCUGAAGAUCACAGCAGCUCUGUAGGCAUCGAAGGACUGACUCUACAGCAGCCAGGAAGUGUUUGGUGUUUGAGCCCAAGGUGCAAUCCCUGCAUAAAUGAUGGACAUUCUCAUAUGUGUCAUGUAUAAAAGUGAAGAUGCGGUUGUGGGGGGGUUUUGUUGUUGUUUUUGUGGGGGUUUUUUUCCACAAAUGUAUGUAAGAAAUAGAGUAAAUUAAUGAAAUAUAUGUGAAUCUUGGUUUGCACUUCGGAUG